UCGACUCUUCGUUUUCUUUCUCAAAUUUUGUAUACAAAAGUAAACAUGGCGGAUGUUCAGGAUGAAGAUCAGUGGCUAUAUGGUGAUGAAAAAGACGAAUCCAAAGAAGACGGCGAAAUAAACGAUAAAGGAGAUGAAGGGGAAAAGAGUCCUGCCACGGAAAAUGGCAUCGAGAAAGAAACUCCCAUGGAAGAAGGUGAAAAGGAAGAUGAUGCUGGUGUGGAGAGAGAAAAGGACAGGGAAGGCGAUCAAAGAGAGAACGACAGAGAAGAAAGAAAUUCCUCUGAUGCCCCGUUGGCAGAGCGGGAGCGAACCCUGGCUGCCGAAUCAAUAGAUGGUGAUAAAGAAGAUGGAGAAAAGGGAGAUGAAGACAGCAGUGAUGAGGAUGAUGUCACAAUCACGAUAGGUGUACUUAAAACACAACCAGAUAUUAUUCAGGCCCCUUCUGCACCCCAUGGAGCACGAUUUCAGCCAAAGGCUGCACCUACUACUGGCUUGAAAGAUGAAGAUUUUACAUCACCAGGAAAAGUUAAUGGUGUCCCUGUUGGAGACUUUUCAUAUAAUGAUAUGGAAGACAAACCAUGGAGAAAACCAGGAGCAGAUAUUUCUGACUAUUUCAAUUAUGGUUUUAAUGAAGAAACAUGGUUUAAAUAUUGUGAGCGGCAGAAGAGAAUGAGGGUCACAGAAUCUGGUGCGGGCUUAAGUGGUCUCGGAGUCAGUAUAACUAAGCCAUUUGGUAAUGCCAGCAGUACAAAUAUACCAGUUGCGAUUGUCAACGACAACAGUAAGUAUGGAGGAACUAGUUCUCGUCCCAGAGCCGGACCCCCUCCAAGACCCAUCAAUAAACCUGGACAGAAUGAUGUAAACAGCUCCAAGCCCAGUACUAUACAGGUAGAGUCAAGUCAUUUAUUGUUCUUAAAUCGGACUCUCCAUGUGUACUAUCACGAAGCUUUAUUUGCUUAUAUUCUGAGGUGCUUUGCUUUAAUUCCCAUCUGAUGGUAUUCCAGCUAC